AUGCAUGCAACAGAGUUGCAACAGAGUUGCAACAGAGUUGAGCACAACCCCACCAAUCUCUUCUCUCACAUUCUCCCGCCCCCACUCCCUCCCUCCCCUUUCCUCCUCUCCCACCGCUGUCACCCGGCCCCCUUGCCCCUCACUCACAGGGACCGCGAGGCGCAGGAGACGGCAGAGAGGGAGCGACUGGCGAAGCAGUGGCUGGCGGAACAGGAGCGGAUAAAGAAUGAGCCGUUGGAGAUCACAUACAGUUUCUGGGACGGGGCAGGGCACAGGCGAGUGAUCAAGGUGCGCAAGGGCGACAGCAUAGCGGACUUCCUGCGAGCAGUGCAGCAGCAGCUGGCGCCCGACUUCCGGGAGGUGCGGUCGGCGUCCGUGGAGGGGCUGGUGUACAUCAAGGAGGAUCUCAUCAUCCCGCAUCAAUACACGUUCUACGAGCUCAUUGUGAACAAGGCGCGGGGAAAGAGUGGUCCGCUGUUCCACUUCGACGUGCACGAUGACAUCCGCACCACGGGGGAUGCCACCAUUGAGAAGGACGAGUCGCACGCAGGCAAGGUGGUGGAGCGGCAUUGGUACGACAAGAACAAGCACAUCUUUCCUGCCUCCCGAUGGGAGAUAUACGACCCAGCAAAGAAGUGGGACCGGUACACCAUCCAUGGCAACUGA